GGUGGCUGUAGCCCACCAUAGUGGCUGCUCUGGCUCGCGUAUCCUACAUCACCGAUUAUGUCUAGAAGGCGAAGAAUGGCCUCAUAUUGGAAUAAGCCACACAGAAAGACAAGCAAGUUGAAACUCACAAUAUACGCGUUUACUCUCGUCCUCGUUCUCCUCCUGUACGCACGGAUGACAUUCGAUGAAAAGCCUGCACUGUAUGGAUUAGCCGUCGACACAGAGGGCUGCCGAAUACCCGACUUCGACCCAUUUGACGCAACCGUGCUCGAACACUACGACCCGAGGAUGCCCUACACUUGCGUCGCGCAACCAUCGUUCAUAAGGCAGGACGGCAACACGUUUUACGUACUUUCCGAUGUCUUGAAAGCUUAUUUCAACGUAUCUGUGUCAGAUAUACGAUGUUCCUACCGCGUCAUCAAGAACAAUUAUUCGGCUGCAGCACCAGAUUACGUUCUGAUCUACAGUAAGAGCUACGAGCUCGUCUUUGGUGCUCCCCUGUCCGCGGAACACAUCCAGGUGGAAUGCAGGUACAGGGGCGCCGUAAUCCACAGAGAGUUCUUCAUCGUGCCCUUGAUAAAAUCGAAAGUAGAACUCCGAUGCCGCCAGGCGGCACGUCGCAGAAACGUGUCCCGCGAUGCUCUCAACGUCAUCGUUUUAGGCCUGGAUGGUGUGUCUCGUCUCAACUCCCUGCGCCAUCUUAAGCAGACGAGGGCUUACCUAUCCCGGGCUUUCCACGUCGUGGAGCUCUUCGGGUAUAACAAGGUCGGCGACAACUCGUUUCCGAACCAGCUGGCGAUGCUCACGGGUCGCUCGGAGGAAGAAGAAGCGAAGGUCUGUAAGGAAGGGUACUUUGACGACGAAGAGCUCAUCUGGAAGACGUACGGAAGGAUGGGGUACAGGACCAUGUUCCUGGAAGAGACUCCACAGUGGGGAUUAUUUACGUACUUUUGCCGUGGGUUUCGACGUCGUCCCACCGAUUACUACCCGCGCCCCUUCACGCAGACCGUGGACUUUGCGGGCAAGCGCAGAAGCCGAGAUAACGAACCGUACUGUGUGAGAACCAAAGCUGAAACUGAGGUACACCUGGAGUACACGACGUCGCUGUUAGCUUUGCUGGGCAACCGUUCUUAUUUCACAUACACGUGGAUAUCGGAAGUGUCGCACGACUAUCUCAACUCCGCGGGGUACGCCGACGCGCCGUUUUUGAAGACCUUCCAGACACUGGCCUCUACGGGCGCGAUGGACAGGUCCGUCGUAAUCUUCAUGAGCGACCACGGGCAGCGCUACGGCUCAAUUCGAAACACCCUCAUCGGGAAGUAUGAAGACCGUCUACCCUUCUGUAUCUUGCUUUUCCCACCAAGUUUUCGAGCGAAGUUCCCCGAAGCUGUGAGGAAUCUAGAGAUCAAUCAGCGCCGGCUUACCACCCCUUACGACAUCCACGCUACACUUAUGGAACUGGCGAACUUUGAGCGCUCGAGGAACGCGGGAGGAUAUCGCACGACGCGUGGGGUCAGCCUUCUGCACGAAGUCCCUCCGAACAGGACGUGCACCGGGGCCUUUAUUCCGCCUCAUUAUUGUAGCUGUCAGGACACGCAGGUCAUCAGCACCGCCGACUCGCUCUCGUGGAGGAUGGCCGAGUUCGCCGUAGAGAGAGUGAACCAGCGGCUUUCGAAAGAGUUACCGAAAAAGUGUGCGACCCUCCGUUUGCAUCGUGUAGUGGAUAUUCGGAAACUGUUGACGAGCGUCCGUGAGCGUACUGAACACUAUUGGGUGACGUUCGUGACGACGAUCGCGAACGUCGCUAUAGAAGGUACCGUAGGUGUGAGUGGAGAAGGAAAUUUCACACUGAACGAUGUCAGUCGAAUUACGUUUGCGAGGAAUCAAUCGUAUUGUUCUGUGAGCAAAUUUACCUCCUUGUUCUGUGUAUGCAUAUAGCCGAUGGAGUCCAUACAAAGCUUUUCAUUAAAAACCUCUCUGCAUGUC